AUGGGCAAAAUCAACGAGAUACAUGAACUGGGAAAAUGGCAUCAGACGAACGACAGUUGGCUCAACAACAUAGAAGAGAUCAGUAGUAUGUCCCAGCAGAGUGCCACGAAAGAGCUAGGCAAGUCGAUUACUGAAACUUGCGUAGGAAAAAUAAAAUGCUUUUAUUGCUGUUCUGGCUACAAUAGCGUUUCAUGUAAGAAACGCAACGAAGCAAAGAAGCAAAGCAAAAAUUUCAAGAAUGGUGAAGGAGCAAACGGAAGCCGAAAAAGACUGGCGGCCGCAGUUGCGGAUGAUGAAAUCCUGGAAUCGUAUAUGAUGUGGAAAGAAGGCAGGUGGGGAAAUCCAUAUUUAUUAUUAGGAAUAGAAGAGAUUGCGGAUUUGAUCAUUCGUAAUUCCAUAAAGCAUCUGCCAGGAUGGAUGGUUGUUGAGACAGAAAUAGGGGUGGUAAAAGGCGGCAAACAGAAAGAGGCACAAGAUAAUGAUAAAGGAAACGGAGGUGGCGAGUUAUAUGAAUUUCAAACAAUUACAAGCAUUACAAAAAAAGAGUCGCAAAUCCACAUGGACCAGAUUGAACAAAUGUCGGAAUUAAGGAUUUAA